AUGGGGCUUUAUUGGGUUUUCGAGGUUCUACCUCUAGCAAUAACAGCCCUAAUUCCUAUGGUAGCAUUUCCAGUUUUUGAAAUUAUGAAAAGUGAUGAUGUUGCGCAAUCAUAUCUACCUGAUACAUCGUUUUUAUUUAUUGGCGGAUUAAUGGUAGCAGUGACUGUUGAGAAAUCCGAACUGCACACGCGAAUUGCACUCUUCGUACUUAAAACUGUGGGAUCGCAACCGAAAUGGAUAAUGGCCGGUUUCAUGGGAGUCACUGGAUUUUUAAGCAUGUGGAUUUCCAACACUGCGACAGCAGCUCUGAUGGUUCCUAUUGUUCAAUCUGUGAUCACUGAACUUGUGGCAAACCACAGAAUGCAUGAACUUCUGGCUCUAUCUGAAGCGAAUUCCAUCGAGAACCGCAGACGAAGUGUUGACAUGCGUCGUUUAUCGAUCCCACAAGAAAACGUUAUUUCACAUCAGAAGGACUUAAGUAAUCUCUUUACACCUCGUGAACUUCUUCUGGCUAAAGGACUGCUUAUUUCUGUUUGUUUUUCUGCGAAUAUUGGAGGAUCAGCAACAAUUACCGGAACAGCGUCAAACCUUGUACUGAUCGGACAACUGGAAAAGUUGUUCCCCAACGCUGACACCGGUAUCAAUUUCCUGUCGUGGAUCUUUUUCGCUUUUCCCCAGGCGGUCGUAUGUCAAGUGCUUUGUUGGUUCGUGCUUAAUGUCGUCUUUUUACGCAAUGCUCCACAGGGGUCAGCGAUAGUUUCUCGCAAGCUCAAUGAGAAGUACCGAAAACUCCCUAGCAUUUCAUUUGCAGAGAUAUCAGUGAUGGUUUGCUUCACACUUUUGCUAUUGCUUUGGAUACUAAGGGAACCUCAAAUAAUUCCAGGGUUUGGCUGCUAUUUUAAAAGAGGUUACGUAACUGACGCAACGAGCGCCAUACUCGUCGUGAUUCUUCUGUUUGCCAUUCCGGAUCACAAGCCAAUGUGUUGCACCAGAGAAAGGAAUGGCCAUCAUAUCGUUCGAAACUCGCUUUUGGAUUGGCCAACUAUUCAAGAACGAUUUCCAUGGAGCGUUGUUCUACUACUAGGUGGUGGUUUUGCACUAGCUGCUGGAGUUAAGGAAUCGCGCUUAUCCCACGAAAUCGGUGAGGUGAUGCAGCAUCUGACGGAUUUGCCCACGUAUACGGUGAUGUUCAUUUGUGUUCUAAUUACCGUUGGCUUCACAAAUAUCUGUUCCAAUGCCGUCAUCGCUACGAUUUUCAUUCCGAUUGUAGCAGAAUUAGCAAGAUCACUCGAUGCGAAUCCACUCCUCUACAUGCUGCCAGUGGCUGUCUCAUCAUCGUUUGCCUUCCUUUUUCCAGUCGCUACUCCAUCGAAUGCUAUUGUAUUUGGAACUGGUUUAGUUAAAGUCGGCGAUAUGGUGUGUAUUUUGUGA